CGGCUUCUUAUUUUCUGCCCUGCAUGCACUCGUCUGCUGCUGCCGCGCUUCGGUCUGAGGCUGCUGCUCUGUUGCGGUAGGUGACGUUCGCUGAAGAGGAGUGCUUGAGGAUGAUGCAGCAGCCGACGAACCGUCGCGUGACAAGGGUGGAGAGCCCUGCUCCUCAAAUGGGCCAGCAAGGUGAGUUUAGUAACAAGCUGCUCUGUAAUGGUGUCGAUAUCCCUGUGUUCAACUGGACACAGGCGGCAACCGGCCCGGUGCUGCAGAGCUGCAGCGUCGCCAUGUCUGCGGCACCCGUCCUCGAGCAACGACUCCUCAGGCCCCAAACCGGGCGCCCACAUUCACCAGAAUGCAUGACAAAGGUGAGAGACCUCCAGAGAAGUUUCAUUUGAAGCCGUGAUCCACUUUGUCCUUGCAGCUCCCUGCCGUCGCCCUGUCCGUGGCAUGAGCCCGCUUCCGCUGCACGAGCAGCGUCGGCCGUUGUUUUUGCAGGCGAAGCCGCCCCAGCUGCCGGGACGCCACACUCUCAAACCCAUGCAGUAUCGCAACCCAAGCCCAGGUAGGCAGAGAUGAUCCCUUGUGCAAUGGAACGUGUGUGUGAGCUUUUCACGUGUCUCCUUCUCUGUGUGUUUGCAGUGCCCAACUACGCCAACAGGACGCCCAUCAGGCGCCGUCAGCAUGAGAUUGACGACGCUGACCGGGCGAUGAUGGGCACAGGCAGGGGCAGGAUGGAGGGCGUUGGGACUUUGGAGGUGGAUGUCGGCGUCAUGACUAGCCCGGUGAUCAGACACACAUAAUGAGCGAUGAUGACAAACAAUGAUACUUUGACUUCCUUCAGCGAUUUGGUUCGCCUCCGGAGAGGAAGAAGGCGCCAGGCAUAGCCGCCCCCCCGCCCCUGGCCAUCCCGCCCAUGGGCUACAUCCCCACCGUCACCGACAAAGCUAAGACAAAGAAGAAACAGCAGCCCAAGACUCACAGCAAGGCCCCCAGCCCUUCCCCCAUCGGCCCCACCACACCAAAGCGCUCCCCAUACGCCGAGGUCCCGCAAAGGCGCAAGACCAAAGCCCGCUCCGAGCAGCUGCCGGACGAGCCGAAGCAGCUGGGCUUCACGAGGGACGGCAGGAAGGGCACCUUCCGAGGGUACGAGGCCCAUAACAUGACCCCCAUGACUCCCGCAAAGGUGCUGGCCACCGAGGUGCCCGUGCGGACGAUGCACAAGCCGUAUGUCGUGACGGAGCGCGUGCCCUUCAACCCCGUGAUGCGUAUGGUGAGGGAGGAGGAGACCACGGGGGUGCCCCCUGAGGUGGAGCUGGAGAUGGCCGAUGACGAGGAGUCGCACUACCUGGACCGGCCUGAGGAGGAGGAGAGCCUGCUCGCCAACCAGGAGGAGAUUGUCGACCCUCAGGUGCCCGAGGACACCAGCACCGGCACCGCCAUCCAUCACCUCGACGAGAACGCCACGCAGCACCAACACCAACACCAACAGGAGCAGGAGCCAGCCCCUCUCCCUCAGCUUCGCUUCAGAAACUGGCUUGAGCCCGCCCGCACUCAGGCGCAUCAAGACCACCGGCCACUCACCCCUGUGGUCGAGAGGGAGACACUGGCUGAGGCGCAGCCUGCUGUGCGGGCUGGGGCGGGGGCAGGGGCGGGUCGGCGGGAGAGGCCUGUGGUGGAGAUGGACGUGCCGACCAACCCGUGGCAAGCGAAGGAGAGGGUCAACCGUGCCGAGAAGGAAAAGGAAAAGGAGAAGGACAAACGUGCCAUCGCCCUGCCGCCAAGGAAAACAGGUACACAAGACGGGACAAAUAAACAGAUCGCGUCUCAUCUUCCCCCUUUAUCAGAGCACGUCCUGGGUAUAUAUGGCAAGGCGGCAGAAAUCCGCGACGCACGCCGUGACGCCCAGCAGGUGCGGGCCAAGGUGGCGCUGGGCGCUCGACUGACGGCGAGACCCAACACAGGAGAGAGGGCUGCCGACGACAGUGAGAGAGAGAGGGAGAGGCCGAGUCGGGAGGAGGAGCUGGAGAUAUGUGAGAAGGUCGGCAGCGGGGCGUACGCCAAGGUCCACCGGGCGAGGAACCGGGUGAGUGAGUGUCAGAGGGGCAGAGACAGAGGGACGGGGACACACAGGAAGAAGGUGUGCACGGUGGAUUGGAUGGAUCGCGUUUUCGGUCUGUGCGGUGCGUGUGCGUGUGCGUGCAGGUGACACGUGAGUCUGUCGCUUUGAAGAUGUACCCUCGCUCGCACUACCAGGGGCGGAAGAGACAGAGCUAUGAACGGGAGGAAAAGUAAGUACCAAACCACGAAAAGAGACCGCCCCCUCCUGCCCUUGUCUCUACUUCUGCGUGUCCGUCUGUGUGUGUGUUCAGUGUGUUGCGUAUGGUCCGUGACUUGGUCAAGCACCCGCACAUUGUGGGCUACAUCGGGCCGUACGAGACGCGGACGCACCUGUGUUUUGUGUUUGAGUUCCUGGAGGGGGGCAACCUCAAGCACUGGGUCGACCGCAAGGGCGGCAGGCUUACCGAAGCUGACGCACGGGCGGUCUUCUCACAGGUAAGUGAAAUGAAAUGGAAGAUGGCGGCUUGUGUUGGGGUAUGCAUGUGUCUCGUUUUCUCGUCAUGCAGCUUGUGGAUGCGCUGGAGGCGCUGCAUCGCAACAAUAUCGUACACCGAGACAUCAAGCUUGACAACAUCCUGAGGGACAAGAAAUCAUCCUACGGCAACUCACACCAAGGUAUGUGCGACACUCAGCACACAGAUAGAUGCCAUAUGAGCAAUGGCCGCCGCGAUUAAUGGCCACGCCUCCCCCUCUCUCUCUCUCUCUCUGUGUGUGUGUGUGUGUGGUCGUGUGCAGUCCCAUUUUUCAAGCUGAUCGAUUUCGGGUUCAGUUUCCACGUGAGGGAGGACCACAGUGGGCAGCUCAAGCUCUUCUGCGGCACACCAUCAUACAUGGCCCCCGAGAUCGUCACCAACCAGCGGACCAAACAGGCCUUCUGCGGCUUCAAGGCCGACGUGUGGGCCAUGGGCGUGGUGCUCUACCACCUUGUCUGCGGGCAGCUGCCCUUUCGCGCUGAGAACGAUAGGUGAGGUGACACUUUUGAGAGCACAGGCAUCGUCCUCUGGUCUGUGUCUCUCUGUUUGUCCGUGCAGUGCGCUGUAUCAGAAGAUUCUGCACUCGUCGAGCCACCUGAAGGUCCCGGAUCGGCUGCAGCUGACGCCGACCUGUGAGGACAUUAUCCGGAGGAUGCUGCACCACGACCCGCGCCACCGGCUCUCCAUGCACGAGGCCAAACACCACGAAUGGUAGGUACCUCAUCAACACAGAAAAGUGGCGGGGAAUCGGCCCAUCGGUGUGUGUGUUUCUGUUCGGUGUGUGUGAAGGCUGCGUGGCGAGGCCUCCGUGUCGACGGCCAUCCCGUCGUCUCAGUCGUCAUCGAUGCGGAGCAACCUCAACACCAUCAACAGCCAUCCCCAGUCCCGCCCAAACUCCCUGCCGCCGCCGCCCAAUAUGCCCAACAUAUUCAUGCCACCCUGCCCGCCGCCCCCUUACACCUACCUGCACCCGCCGCCCUACUACUCGCCGAACAGCGUCCCACACACGUUUGCACAGGCGGCAGGAGUGGCGUACUUUGGCGGUAUGCUGACGGGGGAUGGCGGAAUGGCUGUGGCCCCACCGCCGCCGACCUUUGAGCAUCACCAGGGGCAGCACUAGCAGACAGACAGAGGGCGGGUUGUGUGUGUCGAUUUGUGGGUGGGAGAGGGAGAGAAUGUGGGAUGGGGUUAAUGGCGCCAGGGUGAUGAUAGGCAGCCGCUUCUUGCAAGAGUGCUGGAUGGAUGGUGAUCAGUCGAGCUUGUCUCUUUCCUUUUGCCACGCAUGACCCAUCGAGGAGGCGCCACACGGAGAGAUAGAUAGAGUGGCAAGGCUGAGUCACCAGUGCCCGUCCAUUUCGUUUGUUGAUGGAAGAAACCAAACAAUCAG